AUGCGGUCCCAAGCCCUCCUCGCCGUGCUGUAUGCCUCCGGCGCUAUUGCCGGCGGAGGGACCUAUAUUCCGAAAGAUCCUGCACUCGCUCAUCGUGCACCAGAGAAGUUUCCCUGGUCCGGGUUACUCAACAACCCUUUUAUGACCAAACCAGUUAUUUGGUAUCAAAUUGGUCAGAUCAAAAUCUGGACCGACACCCGGGACGUUACUUACGUCAGGGACGGUACGAAAUUCGACACGUACGACCAGUGUUUGAGCCAUUGUCUCAAGUACAGUGUUUUCAACAAGUCCAAAGCCCGAUCGUCAGGCAGCCAAGGCCAGACCUCGGAAUAUCGCGGCCGCAGAAUGCACCAUUAA